AUGGACACUGGGAGUGACAUAAUUUGGACCCAAUGCUUACCGUGUGUGAAAUGUUUCAAGCAGCUGGAUCCAAAAUUCAAACCCAUGAAAUCGUCCACAUACCGCGUAUUCUACUGCGCCGAAGCCCCCUGCAGGGCUGUAAACUCGGGUUGCACCGGGACAUGUAAAUACAGAGUCGAUUAUGUGGAUAAGUCAUACUCAUCGGGUAACUUUGCAUCUGAAACCGAAACAACAAAAGAAAAGUUCUACACUAGAGAAAAUAUUAGCACUUCUAGUAUUAUCACAAAUGACAAUGGAUUCGUUAAUAUUAAAGAUUUGUGGUUUGGAUGUGGCUAUGAAAACAAAUCUACGUUUGAGGAAGAGGGAUCUGGGAUGGUAGGCCUCGGAGCGGGGCCGGCCUGCUUCCCUUCCCUCAUCAGUCAAUUAGGUGGAACAUUUGGCAAAAAAUUCUCAUAUUUCCUCACCUUUAAAGACACCAGCCCAUUGAUUUUGGGGAACUUAACCCCAAAUCGACUCCAAUCAAGCGCCAUGCCAAAUUUUAGGACUUUUCAUAUACUGGAUCUUGAGGACAUCAGUGUUGGGGAGAAGCGCCUCGGCAUCCCACCAGGAACCUUUGAUCCGUUGGACCCGAAGAAGAGUUUCACCAUAGAUUCCGGUGCCGUAAUGACUUACUUGCCAGCAGUGGCUUACAAUAAGUUGGUUUCUAGUUUGGAUGAUUCUAUUUCACUUCCUCGGACUUAUGAUCCUACUCAACCGAAUCAAGUUUGCUACCUCCUCAAAAAUGAGGAGGAUUUUGAUGAGAUUCCAAAUGUUACAUUUCACUGA